AUGUUUACAGUAAAAAAUACAAUACGCAAACUUUCUCUAGUUGCGAAGGAAAUAUGAUAUGAAAUAACGUUUGACUCUAGAUCAACACGGUUGAUAUGCCUGUAACGUUUUCAACUAUAUUUUCUAAUGCGUUACUGUCAAUUUUAAGAGAUUCAGAUUACAUACGUGUUUGGAGAGGUCUACUUUCGGUUUUGAAAAUUGACCUUUGACCCGACCGAAGUCCAAACUUAUCAAUCUCGUAUUAGUUACAUUAGAUUUUUAUUUAUAAAGAAAAAAAGUCAAAGACUGAAAGAUGGCGGAAAGCAUUGUUGAUAUUAUAAAGGGUGUUCUAAAAUGUUUAGGACUCGUAGUUUAUUACUGGAUCAUAGCCAUUGUAAAGGCAAUUGUACCCACAAGCUGGCAGGCAAAAGAUAUAUCCGGGGAGACUGUUCUCAUCACAGGAGCAGGAAGUGGUAUUGGACGACUGAUGGCAUUAAAGUUUGCAAAGUUGAAAUGUCGCCUUGUAUUGUGGGAUGUUAACCAGUCAGGCAACGAGGAAACAUUAGCAAUGUGUAAAGAGUAUGGUGUCACUGUUAAAGCGUACAAGAUAGAUCUUUGUGACAGAGAUGAUGUAUAUCAUGUUGCUAACAGGGUGAAAGAAGAGGUUGGUCAGGUUGAUAUACUUGUAAACAAUGCUGGUAUAGUGACUGGGAAAAAAUUCUUGGACUGUUCAGAUAUGAUGAUACAGAAAACUAUGGAAGUGAACAUAAUGGCUCACUUCUGGACAGUGAAGUCUUUCCUACCUGACAUGAUGAGCAGAAAUCACGGCCAUAUUGUAAACAUUGCAAGCUCUGCUGGACUCGUAGGAGUUACUGGCCUUGCCGACUACUGUGCCAGUAAAUUUGCUGCCGUUGGCUUUGAUGAAUCGCUGAGAUUCGAACUUGAGGCGCAGGGUAAAGAUGGUAUAUAUACAACUGUAGUUUGUCCGUUCUUUAUCAACACAGGAAUGUUUGAAGGUGCCAAAACAAGGUUUCCAUUUCUGUUACCGAUCGUAGAGCCGGAGUAUGCAGCCGGAAAGAUUGUGGACGCUGUGUUGUGUAACCAGUCGAUGCUUCUCAUACCUAGAAUAUUAUACUGCUUUUUUGCUUUGAAAGGGUUUCUGCCGACGUCAUGUCUACAUGUUAUCAGUAAGCACUUGUGUAUUAACAACUGUAUGGAUGACUUUAAGGGGAGACAACCUAAACAAGAUUAAGAAAGGAGACAACAACAAAGGGGCCAUAACAAGCUUUGAAAUUGUGAUAACAAAGUAUUUUUGUGUGUAUGUCGUGUUAUAGUCACAGCUUAUUCUAUGACAUAUACUGUAACCAUCUUUCUACGUAUUUCUCCUUUUUUUUCUUCUUUUUUUUGU